GGUGCGGGUGAGGAGGGACGGGGUCGGUCGGGGGUAGACGGGGGGUAUGGCGGGACCCGACCCGUCGGUGGUGAAAUGGGACGACUCCAAGCCGACAGACCGGGACGCCGGGAUCCGAUGGGACGACAAGCCCGCAGACAGAGACUCGGGAGUGCGAUGGGACGAGAGGACCGCGGAGCGCGACAUGAGAGACCGAGAUCCUUCGGUGGUGCGAUGGGAGGACGCGAAGGAAGUGAGGUUUCCGUCCCCUCCACUCCCUUUGAACCUCCAGAACCGCUCACACUCCCGGUCCAUGUCCUCCCUCCCUCCCGAGCCCUUCAUGAUCAUGCGGUCGAAGGCGCUGAACCGCCGUGUGUGUAUCAACGUGGGUGGUGUGAAGCACGAGGUGUUGUGGCGGACCCUAGAACGCCUUCCACACACGCGCCUCGGCCGCCUCCGAGACUGCAACACCCACGAGGCCAUCACAGAGCUGUGUGACGACUACUCGCUCAUAGACAACGAAUACUUCUUCGAUAGGCAUCCCAAGAGUUUUUCAUCCAUCCUGAACUUUUACCGGACCGGAAAGCUCCACCUGGUGGACGAGAUGUGUGUGCUCGCGUUCUCCGACGACCUGGAGUACUGGGGCGUGGACGAGCUGUACCUGGAGUCGUGCUGCCAACACAAGUACCACCAGAGGAAGGAGCACGUCCACGAGGAGAUGAGGAAGGAGGCGGAGUCCCUGAGGCAGAGGGAUGAGGAGGAGUUCGGGGAGGGAAAGUGUGCACAUUACCAGCAGUUCCUGUGGGACCUUCUGGAGAAGCCCACCACGUCCAUAGCAGCCCGGGUCAUAGCUGUCAUCUCAAUAUUGUUCAUCGUGUUGUCCACGAUAGCUCUCACUCUAAACACCAUUCCGCAAAUGCAAGUGAACGACGAGAAGGGCGCAGUCCAAGACAAUCCCCAGUUAGCCAUGGUAGAGGCAGUCUGUAUCACUUGGUUCACUCUAGAAUACGUUCUGCGCUUCAGUGCGUCCCCGAACAAGUGGAAGUUCUUCAAAGGCGGUCUAAACGUCAUAGAUCUCUUAGCCAUUCUGCCCUAUUACGUAUCACUCUUCCUCGUGGAGACCAAUAAGAACGCGACGGACCAGUUCCAAGACGUCCGCAGAGUCGUGCAGAUUUUCCGGAUCAUGAGGAUAUUGAGGAUUUUAAAACUCGCGAGACAUUCCACCGGUCUGCAAUCCCUCGGGUUCACCUUGAGAAACUCGUACAAGGAGUUGGGCCUCCUCAUGCUCUUCCUAGCCAUGGGCGUGUUGAUAUUCUCGAGUCUCGCGUACUUUGCCGAGAAGGAGGAACCGGGGACCAAGUUUAUCUCUAUUCCGGAGACGUUCUGGUGGGCGGGAAUCACUAUGACCACAGUAGGAUAUGGCGACAUCUACCCGACCACUCCCCUUGGGAAGGUUAUUGGUAGUGUUUGCUGUAUCUGUGGAGUCCUGGUCAUUGCGCUGCCCAUUCCCAUCAUAGUGAACAACUUCGCCGAGUUCUACAAGAACCAGAUGCGGCGAGAGAAGGCGCUGAAGAGGCGGGAAGCGCUGGAGAGAGCUAAGCGAGAGGGCAGCAUCGUCAGCUUCCAUCACAUCAAUCUAAGAGACGCUUUCGCUAAGAGCAUGGAUCUAAUAGAUGUCAUUGUAGACACGGACGCUGUACUCGGACAUAACCUGUCCACUGCAGAUGGUAACAGCACAGAAGGCGAGAGUGGAAGCGUUAACCCCGCACAGACCGGACCCGGGUGUUAUAGAAACCACGAACACUUCACCUCCAGACACCGCAGGCCCCCUGUACAGCCCCCCUUGCUGGACCUGGACCCGCCCGAGGCCCCGCCACAGCCACAAAGUCCCCCUCAUCAACAAAACCCUCCUACAAGUCCGGCGAAUGAAUCUAGCAACGCAUUGGCUAAGCUGGAAGAAAUACCGACAGAGUUCGAGUGUUGUUUUUGCAAUACCAAGGACUACAAAGACUUCAUAGACGCAGAGAGUCUCAUGCCGCUAGCUACCUCAGACUUUCGCAACCCUGUGUGCCUGGAGAUGAAGUUGAUGAGGAGUGGGCGAGGAGCCUACGAGGGAACUGGAGUCAUGGAGAUAGGCAGUGUGGACAGCAGCGAUACAUACGCUAGCUGCACAACUCAACCGUUCAAUAGUCAGGGAGAUCUUGCAGAGACCCCGUGUGAUCAGUUGGACACCAGCAACUUGUACAUAAACCCCCUGGAGAGCCCCAGUCCCUGCGGGGGUGUCAAGAAGAGUGCCUCAGGCGACCCCGGACUGCGGAGUCUCGGGGCGUCACCUCUUGACGAGACGUACCGAGGGUUCGGGGCGACUGAUCACGGAAGUCGGGGCAGCCUCAAUGACACUCCCCUGCCUAAACAUCGGAAGACAAGAUUCCAACAGCCAAAAUUGGGAGAAUCUCUUGGCCGAGAAUCACAAGAGAGUUUGGAGACGAUAAAGCGGCGAAGACCUUCGUUUAUGCCUUCAAAAUCGCUCGCCACCGCCACCCGAAUCAUAAACCAGCAUCUAUUUGGCCUUCAAACUCUUAGUAAGCCGGCAAAAAAUGGGGAGAGCCGUUCUUCACUAUCUGUUGACUCCAUUGACAGCAGAAGUUGUACAACUCCGGAGACCCACCGCAGGUCCAAGUCCAUUCUGAAGAAGCAUGAGACUUGCGCAAACCACAGAGGUCGGGCUAACGAUGACCCGGAAACCGAGAAACUGAUAUCGGACUCAGCCUCGGGGGCCGGCUCAGACUACUCACCUGGCAAGAGUCCGCCAGCACUCAGAGCUAUAGGUCCGUUGCGGUCACCCAACGCCACCAAACCUCAAGCGCUUCCCAUCAAGUUUGUCGGGAUCUCCGGCGCCGCCUCCAACAACCCCUCGGACAUGACGUUGCUGCAGGAACUGCUGGGCUCGACUGCGGCUCCCCCUCCACUAUACAUCUGUCCUCCGCCGCCUCCCAUGGAGCACUCUCCCACCGAGGAGACGAAGCUGCUGCUCCACCACGGUGACUCCACCUCUCACCAUCCGCUCCACUCCUCAUAGCAGUCACAGGGAGGGCCAUGCCCCGACUCCACUCACAAGCAUAUCGGCAGAAAAACAACGACCUCCGCUGUAGUCGUCAAGACUUCACCCCUUCAAGCAUUCCGUAGACUUAUCGAGCCAGACUCAGGGAACGAGUGUCGUGCGAAAGCGAGUGUUUGUAUAAUAAAAACUCUGUCACACCGUGCUCUACUGUACAUUCGUAUUGGACUCACAACUCCUUUUUUACAAGUUUUAUUUUCCUACCUAGAUCCGCAAAGCUGAAAUGUGUAUUAUAUUAUUGAAAAUCGUUUCUGUAAGACAAAACGAAAAUGUAAAAUUGUUUCUGCAAAAUAAAAUGUAAGUAGGGAAUUAAGGUUGCUCAAAUCGAAACAGGCAACUUUCAACUAAAGCGGUGAAGCUGGUUGGAUCGCGUUGCUGUAUUUUGUUACGUAAGCUUACAAAACGUUUCCAGUUGUGUUACACAUUCAAUGAAAGGGAUCAAAUAGCGUAGAAGCUGUUGUAGUGGUUAUAUUUUUAGGCUGUGUACAUAUCUAGUUACAUGAUUACCAAUUUUAUCUGAAAGUUGCAUUUUGUAUGAUAUGAAUCAUAUGUCGUUGAUUUCUAUUAUGUAAUCUAUUGUUCCUAUAAUUUCUGUAAAAAUAAAAAGUAAACCUGCAAAAUCUAGCUUUAACAAAAUUGUGUUUGGAAUUUGACUGUUCAGAAAUUCCCGUUCAAGAAUUUAAAUUUUAAACAGAAUAUUAUUGUACGAUUUUUAAUUAUUCUGCACUUUAAGUUGUUUAAAAAAAAUCAAAUAUAAAUUGAAUGACAGAGCUAUUAAAACCAGAGGAUGUGUGUAACGAUCUUACCUGCAAACUUUCCCAUGAGUUUUGUGUAAAAAUUAUACUUAUUUAAAUUUACUCUAAAGCACCAAUGUUACUCCCAAUAGUAAUUAUUGUUAAGACCGCAUUGAAGGUAAAGUAAAAUCAAUUCAAGUAAGAAAAUAACUAGAUUUUCUAAUUGAUAUCUGCUGCUAACCAGAAAAAAACCUCACCAUCAUGAAGACAGUAUAACAAUUUUACAAAGAAAAAAUCUCAACACUUUUUUACAGUUAUGUUCUUCUCCAAACAGAAAACAUGAUUGGAAAACACGACUCAUGUUAUAUUUGAUCGUUAUAAACAAAUCCAAAAACAAAUUCAUUUGCAGAAUAUUCUUAUGUACCGGUUUUCGUUAUAUUUUUGACAAUGCUAACAUUGAUGAAUCAAAGAUUUUAAUUAGAGUUUUAAUCAGAUACAGUUACGGGUAUAAAUUUACAAUCAAUGAGAAAGUAUUCCACACAAUUUACAAAGAGUUGUUUUACGUGUUUGAUUCACAGUGUGUUAAAAUUUAUGUGUUUACUAACAAACCGAAUUACAACUAUUUAUCCACAAGAUAUGCUAAGUUUAUAACGGCCUAUAUUCGGUUAAGCACAAAGUAUUAAACUAUGCUUUAACAUUUUACUCAUAACAUUCCUAUACUUUAGUAUACUACUUUGCUGAAAUAUAUACUUAUAAAACAAAACAUAAAGUUUCUGAUAAGAAAACUAAAAAAACUAAAAAUUGUUGACUGAUGUUCGUUAAGCUAACUUUGGUACUUAGUAAUAUUGUUAAAUUUGUAUUCAAGAAAAUAAUUAACAAUCUUUUUGUAAAUAUAAUAAAUGUGAUUGAGGAAAAGGUUUUAUGUUAGAAGGGUUACAGAGUUUAUGGGAGUUGUCGGUUAACUUGACCUAAGUCAAAUUGUUUUCUUAAGCUAUGUUUUAGGCCUAAUUCCAACCAUGUCUUCACCUACUGUCUAUUUCAUAUUUAAAUGGAAGAAAACAUUUGUUACAUAACUAAACCGGUUAACAUAACAUUAAAAAUUGAAUCAGGCAAUCAAGUAAAAUGAUUUAGCUUUAAAAUAUUGAAACAGCAAUGUAAAAAAUAAAACUAUUGUACACAAACAGAUAUACAUACCUAAUACAAGAGGUUAUUGCUUUUUGAAAUGACACACUACAUUUCAUUACAACGAAGUUUAAAAAAAAAAGCAUUAAAACUUGCGACCGGUUAUUUAAUGCAAAAAGUUAUAACUCAAAAUAUAUAUUUAAUUUGAAUAAAUGCUUACUUUGAACUAAAUACAUCAAAGGAAAACCACCCCUAAUUGUGUGUUAAGCAUUAAUCUUUUGAGUAUUGACAGGACUACACAUUCCAUUUCUAUGUUAAAGUUGCCGUCAAAUUUGGAGUAAAAUGAACGUAGUUGAGUUGAGCCGUUGACGAUGAAUGAAUUAAUAAAUUAUGAAUGAAUGGAAAAUGGUAUUUAUUGGCACAAAACGUUCAGAGUUGUAAUAUCUUGACAGAUUAAACAAUCUGACAGUGAUUUAUAUUGCCAACUUUACCCAGUCAAACUGACAGGACAGCUUAUUGUAAGCUAAAGCAUCUUUUACAACAACUAUAUCUUAGGAAUAAAAACUAAGGGAAGAAUUUUAGACUGUAGUACACCCAGUGAUUAUCCUUCUACAUGUUCCCGCUUAGCAUUUUUUAAACCAAAAAGAACAUGGCUGAAUGAACCACUCGUCUGCGACUGUCUAAAAUUCAUUUUUCUCCGUUAGUUUUUGUUUUGUUGAUUUGGCGUAAGGGUAAAAUAAGCUGUAGUUAAAAAAUUUCCUUUAAAAAGUUAAGUACGUAACUGUAACUUGGUUAAAACGUUACCAUGUUUUAUCUAAAUCAAAUCAGUGAUUUACACAUAGAGUUGGUAGCUUGAUUCAAUUAAGUUUAUUUUUAUUCUAAAACUUACAUGUUUUGUAAAAAUUCUAAACUCAUCCUCCAUAUAUUCAGUUUCAGCAUUGUCAUGCACCAUCUAGAUAAUCAAUUAAACUUUUUAGAAAUACUUUACCAACAAAAUAUCGACUUAAAAUUAAACCGAUAAAAAUUUAAUCAAUAAAUACAAUUUAGACUUCCAACUAAAUGAGAAAUAGACAGUAACAAUACAAUAUGCCCUGUACAAUGUUACGCCCUGCAAGCAAUAUAUGUGCUAGUGCCUGAUGGCCUCAUUAAGUUUGUCAUUAUGUCCGACAGUAGGCGCUGCGCAUGUACUGUAUGUAUAAUCUCACACUAAGCACCCGUUGUUACUAUUGGUGCAAUCAGUAAACAUUUUUUGAAUUAUU